AUGUCUGUGUUUUCAGAUGCUACAUGCUUCAAUAAUAGAGAAAUACAGUUUAAAGGUAUGCAGUCCUCGUGGAAAGUUGAUGGAGGCUGGACACAAUUUUCCUACGUCUGGCAGUCGUGUACAGUAACAUGUGGAGGUGGUAUACAGUCAGGGCAAGAAAGGCGCACCUGUACAAACCCCUCUCCUUAUGGUGAUGGCAAACCUUGUGAAGGAUCAAGCUAUGGACAAAGGGCUUCACGAUCCUGUAAUACUCACCCUUGUCCAGUUAAUGGGAACUGGUCAGAAUUCGGUCCUUACAGCGAGUGGGGAAUCUGUUCCGUCACCUGCGGUAAGGGGAAAGAACAGCGAAACAAAAAGAGGGAAUGUGAUAAUCCGAAACCACAAAACGGAGGACAAAACUGCACUGGGACAAAUAUAUACACUGAUGAAAGAGUGUGUAAUUUGAGUCCUUGCCCGGUCAACGGUGGGUGGUCAGAAUUUGUUCCAUAUGGUGACUGGAGUCAGUGUUCCGUAUCCUGUAGCAAUGGAGUCCAAACACGUGUCUUAUUCCGAACGUGUUCCGAACCUGCUCCUCUUUAUGGUGGUAAACCCUGUAUGGGACGUAGCACGAGAUUAGAAAACAAGCAAUGUAGAGGACAAGGUUGUCCAGUUCCUGGUGGAUGGUCCAUUUAUGGUCCAUACAGUGAAUGGACACAAUGCUCAUCAAGCUGUGGAAACGGAAUUCAGGAGAGAACUCGAAAUCGGACAUGUAACAACCCGGUACCACAGAACGGGGGAAAAGACUGUGUUGGUUCGAGUAUCGAACAGGAGCAAAGAAAAUGCAACAUAAAGUUUUGUUCUGGUUGUAUAAUGCUUUGAGAUUUUCUACAU